CGCACGUAAAAUAAUUUUGACUUCAGUCAUGGCAAGAACAAAACAGACCGCUCGUAAAUCCACCGGAGGCAAAGCGCCAAGGAAGCAGCUCGCUACUAAAGCUGCCCGUAAGAGCGCCCCAGCCACCGGCGGUGUCAAGAAGCCUCAUCGUUACAGGCCCGGUACCGUAGCGUUGAGAGAAAUCCGCCGCUAUCAGAAAUCCACUGAGCUGUUGAUCCGUAAGCUGCCUUUCCAGCGUCUAGUGAGAGAAAUCGCCCAGGACUUCAAGACUGAUCUGCGCUUCCAGAGCUCCGCCGUCAUGGCCCUGCAGGAGUCCAGCGAAGCUUAUUUGGUCGGCCUGUUUGAGGACACCAACCUGUGCGCCAUCCACGCCAAGAGGGUCACCAUCAUGCCCAAAGACAUCCAGCUGGCCCGCCGCAUUCGUGGAGAACGCGCUUAAACUUGCAUAAACAUCAAAACCAAGGCUCUUUUAAGAGCCAUCACAAUUUCACUGAACGAAAGAUUUCCUAUUGUUGCUAUUAAAAUAAUUUCUCUACGUGUUUUAAUAAUGAAAGGGUGAACAAUUUUAAGUUGUAUUUAAGAUUUGGAAUGGUGAGAGGGGGCAUUACGUUUUGCUGAACAUCACAUUUUACAGAGCAGACAGAUUAUUUUAAACUAGGCACUAAUAAAAAUAGCUAUUUACGGGUUCAUUGUUUAUGUUCGAGUUAAAAAUACCGUAACUCAUGAAUGAUCAUUUAAUUUUGCAAGAAACAUUUAUAAAUAACACCCGCACUUAAAUUACUGUUUAUUGAAAUAAUGUACAUACAGCUGUAUGUACUUUGUGUAGUUUUCUUAAACGGUAUUAACUAAUUUAAAAGAUGUAUAUGUGACAAGAUCGAUAAGCUGGAGUGUGAAGAACUAGUGAGCAGAUGACAUACAUAAAUAUAUAACAAAUAUAU